CGACACCAUGGUGCACUGGUCAGCCAAAGAGAAGCAGCUCAUCACUGGCAUCUGGGGCAAGGUCAAUGUGGCCGAGUGCGGUGCCGAGGCCCUGGCCAGGCUGCUGAUCGUCUACCCCUGGACCCAGAGGUUCUUCGCUAACUUCGGGAACCUCUCCAGCGCCACUGCUGUCACUGGCAACCCCAUGGUCCGUGCCCAUGGCAAGAAAGUGCUCACCUCCUUCGGGGACGCUGUGAAGAACCUGGACAACAUUAAGUCAACCUUCGCCCAGCUGUCCGAGCUGCACUGCGACAAGCUGCACGUGGACCCCGAGAACUUCAGGCUCCUGGGUGACAUCCUGAUCAUCGUCCUGGCUGCCCACUUCAGCAAGGAUUUCACUCCCGAAGCCCAGGCUGCCUGGCAGAAGCUGGUCCGUGCAGUGGCCCACGCCCUGGCCCGCAAGUACCACUAG